ACUAGUUCCUCUUUCUUUCCGAUUCCAUUGCGGCAGGAAGGUGUAUCGUUCUCCGAGGGGGCUAAGGCUGAAUCCAGCAGCGUACACCGUUAAUUUUUGCCAUCCACCACUACUCAUCGCAGUAACAAGUCAUAAUGCCAUCCAACGACGAGCUCGCGUGCGUUUAUGGCGCCCUUAUCCUCCAGGACGACGAGAUUGCAGUCACCGCUGAGAAGAUCAGCACGAUCCUCAAGGCUGCUGGUGUCGAGGUUGAGCCUUACUGGCCCGGUCUGUUCGCCAAGGCGCUCGAGGGACUCGAUUUGAAGGCGCUCAUCUCGAACGUGGGUUCGGGUGUCGGGUCCGGACCCGCCGCGGCCGCAGCUCCCGCCGCCGGGGCGGCUGCCGCGGCACCGACCGGAGGCAAGGACGCCCCCAAGAAAGAGGAGAAGAAGGAAGAGUCCGAGGAGGAGGACGACGACAUGGGAUUCGGUCUCUUCGACUGAGGAGGGGAACGUAACGCGUGUGAAUAAAACCACUGUGAAACAGCC